UUAGGACCAAAGAUAGUACUAUCCAUUGCCUAUCAAGACGCCCAACGACGAUCAAUAUUAAUGAUAUAGGCAUACAACAGUACAUGUAUCCGCAUUCGUAGUCUUGUUACACUGCAUAUUGGACCCCCAUUCAUGUUUCACGCCAGUCGCCGCAUAUCUCUGCUGCCAACACCGUCUCUCUCGUCCUUGAGGCUUCGCCCUUAUCUUCCAGGCCGGUUGUUGACAAACGCAGCUGCAACGCCCAUCAUGACCAAUACCGAGCAGCAAAGUGAGCCGCCGCUAUCGGCGAAGGACUUCAAGAUAUACAAUCGAGCAGCGGAGCAAAUGGAGUACUACCAUGGACUCCUCCGUCUAUCAUGGAACAUGCUUUGGGAGGCCUCGACUAGCGGCCGACUACCUCCGUAUAUGAAAAUGCGGCAAUUCAUUUCCGAGGGACUGCACUUUGCUCAACAUCUGGAGAUUCACCAUAGUAUAGAAGAGAACCAUGUCUUCCCUCAUUUGGCGAAAAAGAUGCCCGAGUUCCGCACGGGGCGAGGUCGCCAAGCUGCUGAACUCUUGCGGCAGCAUCGGCAGAUCCAUAAGGGACUGGAAGAGUUCCAGGAGUAUCUAGAGGAGUGUCAGGAGGGAAAGCAAGAGUUGGAAUUCGAUGUUUUACGGGGCAAGAUGGAAGGGUGGAGGGAGGUUCUUUGGACGCAUUUGGACCAGGAGGUGAAGACCUUGGGAGCAGAGAAUAUGAGACGGUACUGGACAAAGGAGGAAAUGCCGAGAAUACCCAUGUAAAUAAUCAUUGAUCUUAUACAAUAUGGUUUAGUCGAU